AUGGCAGGAUUCUCGAUUAGCUUGAAGAGCCAUAAAUCUGGUAAGACAGAUAAGAAGAAGAAGAGAGCCAAUGUGUUCAACGAAACUGACCUUGACGUAUCCAAGAAAACGAAGAUACGUGUAACUCACAUCGAUGAAUAUAAAGAACCUAAAAAACAAGAGCGUGUUAUCAAGCUCGCAAGCAUAUCCAAGCCUUCUAAUAAUUCUGAUUUCAUUCCACCAGUCGAUGACAAUGAGUUAAAGUUCGGAUUGAAUACCAGAGAAAGCCUGCAUAGUAAUAAAUCCAACGUACGACUGUUAGGGAAGGAUCCUACAAUUAUAGAACAGCAACCAGAGGUUACAGAACAAGAAGAUUAUGAAGACGUGCCCAUCGAAGAGUUUGGAAACGCUCUGCUGCGAGGUAUGGGCUGGGAUGGGAAGAACGAUAACCAGAAGAAUCCAGCUCCUUCUAAAUCAGCCGGUGUAGCAAACCCAGCCACGAAACCUCGUCCGUCACUACUGGGGCUAGGAGCAAAGUCUAGCCAGAGCACUCUCAAGGACGACAGAGUCGCUCUUCCUACUUUUUUGCCAGUCACCAAAAUUGACAGAAAAACUGGUAAACGGCUAUGA